GUUCACAAGUCUCGAUAAACGAAUCAAAGAAGGCAAUAGAGGUGGCGCUGAGUAUAGCCGAGUCUUAAGUUUCAUUGACACUUCAGAACCCACAAUAAUCCCCUUCCACCAAGUAUAGCGUAUGAAUUUCAAACGUAGCGACACGUAGUUGCAUCAUGUGAAACAACCUCUACAAAAAUUCCUGGUGCUCUCGAACUUACGAGGCUGUAUCAAAAGUCUCACCAUGGAUGAGGCUCUGUUAUCAGACGACCCGGAAGCUGUUCAGAAGGAGCUGGAUGGCGGACUGCAGCUGUCAGAAUACCUGAACCGCGGCACGUUACAGCACCUGUACAACAAGGCGUUUGAAGAUGCCACACCCAAGCAGAGGGAGGCGUACGUCUUCAACAACCUGGUGGACAGAUGUCUGGACCAGGGGAAGUACGAGGGCCACACCGUCCUACAUGUGUUAGGGGAGGUCAUUUCACAGGACCUGAUACAGGACUACGAGAUACCCAAUAUAUAUGAUGAUGAUAAUGCGGACCGUCCCCUGGGUUUCCAUGACCUGCUCCUCUGGGCCAUCGCCACAGGCAGGGUCCGACUCUCUAGACUCUUCUGGAACUUAGGCUCGGACCAGAUCGUUUCUGGUCUGGUUGCUAGCAUGAUGUUCAAGUUCGCUGCCGAGCAUCUUCCGAACGACAUCUACCAUGCCGAUCAGCGGUCCGACCUCUUCAAGCUGUCCAAGGAGUACCAAGAGCUCGCCUUCUUCGUGAUCAAAGAGUGUUACCGGCUGGACAAGAAGGAGACGUCGGACGUGCUGGUGAGGCAGCGGCGGGACUGGGUCCACAUCGCCCCGCUGGACGCCGUCGACAUGGCCGAGGACAUGGAGGUCAUGAGUCACGCCGCCUGCCAGUUCACGCUGAACAACAUCUGGACGGGCAGGAUGGCCAGCCACACGCCAACCUGGAAGUUGGUGGCUGCGACGAUCUGUCCCCCGGUGCUGUUUUUCCUGGAGUACGUUGAAGAAGAGGAUCCGGCACACGAACAUGAACAUGAACUCAGCCUGUGGGACAAGGUCAAGUUCUACUUCACUGCGCCUGUCACCAAGUUCAUGCACAGCGUGGUAUCACAUGUGCUCCUGAUCCUGAUCUUCAGCUAUAUGGUCCUGUUUGAGCUACGGCCCCUGAGUAAGCGGCCAGUGGGAUGGGCGGAGGGACUGAUGGUGUUCUGGAUUGCUGUUCUCGGUCUGGAAGAAAUACGGGAAAUGGUGGAUAAACGUGUUUUGAUCCAAACGUGGAUCUCCAACGUGUGGAACUUUCUGGACGUGAUCAUCGUGGGACUGUUCCAGAUCUCCUUCGUCGUGCGCCUGUGUAUGGAUCGGGAUUUCGAGAAGCAGAACUUCCAGAUCAUCCGGAUCCUGUACUGCCUGACUCUGAUCUUCCUGUGUGUUCGGAUCAUCCCCAUGUUCUAUCUCAGUAAGAACAUGGGACCGAAGAUCGUCAUGAUCCGGAAAAUGGUCGGAGACGUGGUAUUUUUCCUGAGCGUGCUGGUGGUAGUCGCGGUGUGCUACGGUGUCACACGACUGGCUCUCACCGCGCCUAAGAACGAGUUCAGCCCUGGCAUUCUUGGGAAGGUCUUCCUGAUCCCCUACUGGCAACUGCACGAGCAGAUGUUGGACCUGGAGGAGGGGGAAGGGCCAGACUUGCCUUGGUACGUGGACUUUCUCGAGGCUGGUUACAUGCUGUUAGUAGCUGUGAUGCUGGUGGAACUACAAGUCGGUUUUGGAAAAGUGGAAACAAAACUAUGUGAGUUGGAGAGGAAAGCUGUGUCCAACGUACAAAUGAAGUUAGAGAAAGGUGUCUACAAGCUUCGAGGGUCUGCCGAGCACAGCUCCCCAGAAGCAGGCGUGAAGCUGGGAUCAUUACGGGCCCGCAUGUCCAGCAUGGAAGGCGAGAUGGAAGCAAUCAAGUCUUUAUUACAAGAUUAUAGCAAGAAGUAG